GGUCACGUUUUCAGUUAGCAACUUUCUAAGACAAAAACGUUUCUUUAACAAAUAAUAAAGUUUUUAUUUGCAGUUUUCUUUAUAAUGUACAUCUAGCUGAACCUGAAAUAACCACAGAAGUGUUUUUCAAACUUGUAGUCAUUUAAAUUAAAGCCCUUUGAUACCCUUUGAAUUUCGGCUCACAGUUUCAAAUGGUGCCUGAUCCAUGCCACCACAUUGAUCUGAAGGAGUGAGGCUCAGUCUCUUUUGGGUGUUACAAAGCUGCUCGUCUUCACUUAGUGAGCCCUGAGACUUGAAGGGUUCUGUGGUGCACGCCUAAGAGACAUUUCUCUGGAUGACUGGCAGAAUUUGUUAUACAGAGGAACUUGAUGCUCUUUGGAAAAGACCAAUUUUGGGCCAAGUCUAAGAGGUGAACCACAAGCUGAGAGAAGACAGACUGGACGACCACAUUGAGAUUUUCAUGCGUAUGGACUAGUGAUGGACAGCUGGACUCUUCAUGGGGACAGCUAUUCCUUGCUGCGCAGUCCACCACGCACGCCGUUUUCCUUGCACCAUCGGGACGGCACCCCUAACCACGUUGAAAUAUUUGACAUCACGAAUUCUCCAAGUCAACGUGGUGCAAUCUCUGAGACCACUUGCUUGUGUGACAUAUUUGGGGAUGAUUGUGAGUCAUCGUCGGCACCAAGCAGUCCUCCCAUUGGAUCAUUUAUCCAUUCCUACACCGAGGCGGAGAGAAAAACGGUUGCUUCACCCUUGGUGGAUGAAUUGAAUGACUCUUCAGGCUCAUACCAUACAGCACCAGGCUCUAUUGAAGGAGAAGAAGGGACUGACGACCGAACAGAGAGGAUUCAUAGCCCUGCACAGCAGGGUGAGUGCACUGUGUCUGAGCAGCCUGAGGAAAUCAUAGUGAGCUCAAAAAUUUCUAAAGAUAGUAGCUCAGGUUUUGAGUUGAAAAGUAAACCCUGCGCACCCCAGCUAAACACAGCAUGCUCUCUAUCUGAAUUUGACAACACAGACUUUGAGGAGAGGACCCCUUCUACUGGACGCAACAGCUGUUCUAGCCUCUGUUCACAGGAAACAGCCUCAUUUCUGUGUUAUUCCUCUACAGAGACGAGUUGUUCACCUUCAUUACUUCUUGCAGAAAGUGAACAAGUGAAACAAACCCCUGUGUUAAAUAUUACAAGGAAUAACAGUCUAUCCAGCUUGUCACAUCGAUCCCUAACUCCAAGUCCUUCCUGUGAGCCUGUGAACUGCACCUCUUCAUCCUCAGGAUCGGUGAAUACCCCGUGCCAGUUAAGAAGAAUAGAACCUGAGCCAGGGAGCACACACUUUAACAAAAACACCAGUUUAUCACCUGGUGCCACACCUUCAGAUCAAGCUUCAACUUUAGCAUCCAGAACUGACCUUUCACCUCAUUCACCUUCAUCUGGAUAUACAGAAUCCCCGCCACGAGAAGCACUGCCCUCUUCUAAGCCGAAUUAUACUUCCCCCUUGACUGAAAGUCAUGUCUCAUCUCCUUUCAGUGAGCUGAGAGGAAGAGUCUCUUUGCCUGAUCUUAUGAGUAGAGGCUCCACACCAGAUAUAGAAACAGAAAAGUCUUUCCAUAGCGCUGAGUUGACUGAAGAUUUCUGUACAACAGAAAUUGACUUUAAAAGUACUGAGUUUGGCACUGUCAUCUCAACAGCCUCCCCAAGAAAUACCCCGCCAUCUCCUGUUAUAUCAUUCAUCCCAUUUGUCAGUAAUAGUGCUGUGUCUGAAUUAAAGCUCAGCUCUCCAUCAUCUGACCUGUUGAGUGCACCAUCAGCACCAGCACUCCAUAAAAGUGGGUCAAGAACUUCCUCACCUGGAAUCUCAAGGCCUAAUUCUGCAUCUUCUGAAAUAAUCACACAGGCCCACACUCCUUCCCCUGUGAUCAGUUAUAGUUUAUCUCCAUCUCCUGGCAUUAGGAGCACCUGUUCUUCUGUCGAGAGUACACACACAGCACCUUCACCCGAGAUCAGGAUCACAGAAUCCUCGCCUAAGGUCAAAAGGAGAGACAAUUACUCUAAAGCGCAAACAACAGCAGACUCUCCCCUUUUAGAGUGUGAUCCAUCAAGAAGUUUAACUUCUUCCCCUCACAUCUCUGGAAUAUCGUACUCUGUUGUUCUACCUGAGCAGGAGCACACUUCCCCGUCUCCUGAGCUCUGUUGUCUCCCCACUCCUGAGUCUCACAUAACACUUGCAUCACCGGCUAGAAAAAACACCUCCCCUAGUCAAGAAAGUACAUCAAAAGACUGUUCUCAUCUAUCGGGAUUCUCAGAAUUGGCGCUACAGGCUGAAAUAGAUCAGUCCAGGUCAUUCACAUCUUCACCUCAGCCAAUGCAUUGCACUCCCUCACCUAACCUGAGAUACCAAAGCCCAAAUUCCUCACCUGAGCUCAGGAGUAGAGAUCCAUCCCCUACUACACCCUCUCCAGUGUACACAUAUAACCAACGUUCGCCAUCAACCCUCUCUUCUGAGUACAACACCCACUAUUUACAGCCAACCCCGCCUUUGGAGACAUGCGAGGGAGUCACCUCCUCCAAACCUGAAUUGGAAAGACAUGAGGUUCAACCAGAAUUUGAAUUGAACAAGGAAAACAAAGUACAUGACUCCAAAAGACUUUCCCCUGUUGUGCUGAUUCAAUCGCCAGUAUCUAAUUCACCUUUCCUAGCUGAGGAAAAGGUUGCCCAAGCACCCAGUGAACAAGACUCAAAGGACAGGCGUACACUGAAGGAAAUACCUGUUGCUGGGCCUACUAGUCAUUUUAUUAGCCCUGUUAAAAAUAAGUCAUUUCCUCCCAGUUUUCUGUUUGAUAAAAAUGGACGGGUUCAACAUAUUUCUAACAAGGCUAAAUCUCUACAGAGAGAAGAAAAACGAUUAAAUCAACACACACACAAUUCAUUCAAGUCGCAUUGUACAUCUGAUCACUCAAGACAAAGAUUUGGUGAAAGAACAAGGUUUGUGCAGAAUAUGGCCAACCAUGUUAACAGAAGGAAAACUCCUUCUCCCCCAUUAACCAGAUUUACACCUGUACACAUUAUAGCACCUGAGAAACCACGUCGACAGUGGCAGAACAGAGCCCCCCCUGACUUCGAAGUGUCCUCACAGAAUAGUUAUUUAAAGAAGACUGUGCUGAAUCGGGAAAGCCCCGAUAUUUUACCACUUGAUAAUAAUAGUCUGCCUCAAAGUGUCCGACUUGGAAAGCAAAUGGAAUUGGAAAGGAAAAUGCAGCAGGAGGAAAAGAGAGAAAGGCAAAGGGGGAUGAACAGAGAAAAAUAUAGGGAGGGGCAAGAGUUUGAAAAGUGGGAGGAGUGGGAAAGGGAAGUUAGUUACAGAGGGGAACAGGUUGAGCUGUCAUUCAAUGCCAAGAAUAGAAAAGGGCCUGCAAGUCCCGGUACAGCCCCCACAAACAGCGAGAACUGUCAGGGACUGCCAACAUUACAUACCUAUUCAGAGAGUUUGCCUACCACCAGACAGCCACAGGAACAACAAAGUCGACAGAAACUUUCUUCUCAUCGAGACAAGAGUGGUGGUCCAACCAGGCGACUUCAGAAUCCUGCUCCACAGAACAAGUUCAGUCCUGGAUCGGUCACAAACAGGCCUGGCCGCAGUUCAAGCUCUAGCAUGGGAAGUGAAUUGGAUGAGGCGGACAAUGAAGUGAAGUGGCUCACAGAUGUGGCUUUUCGUAGCCUGUCCAGCCCUGAGGUAGAUUACCUUGAUAUGUACAACUCCAGCCACCGAUCAUCUACCAACAUAUCCCAGCCAUCUACUCAAGAGAGCCCAGCUGGGAUUAGUGGUGCUUGGCCAACCUAUGCCGAUUUCAGGGGUUCUGCAUCAAAGCUGGACAGUGAUGACCUUUCAUUCCAGCAGCAUUCUCUCUACCAUUCGGAUGGAAUUGAUCCAGUCCCCUGCUAUGAGAUGGGAAGCUUUGAGUGCAUUGACGUGGCUGUGGAAAAAGAAGAGUCAAGAAAUGUCAGAAGAGGAGUGCCAAAGAGACAGAUCCAGUUGAAAAGAAAGGAGAGCGUGGAUGACAGCAGUGAAAAUAACAGUCCGGGUCUUCCCGUGAUGGAAAACAGCCCCUCACUUGAAAGGCCUUCAACAGGGGAAUUGCUGAGACAAUACAGUACUCCAGCAUCAGGCAAAGAAGGCUACACUCCUGAACCCAGCCCUGACCCUGAGCAAAAUGAACAAAAAUUCAAACUUCAAAAGUCUAGUUCUCUGGAUGAAACAUGCUCUAAAACAAAAAUGGCCACUUGCCUUAUCAAGAGUGUUUUGUCAAAGAAGAUGCAAAGUGCUGACAAAAAGCCUGAUGAGCCAGAGGAAGAUGAAGGAAACCCAGUUUUGGGGGGAAAUGACAACACUGAGGAGCUACAGGACUGUGACAACGUAAAUACCUUCCUGCAGUCUGACUACAGUCAUCCCUGCAGAGGUUUGGGUGCGACAGUAGAACACAGUCAAAGCAAUGGCAUCAGACAAGCAAAUAACUAUCAAGAAAAAUCAAAAAAACAACCAAGUUCAAACAGCAGCAACAGAAUUACUAACCUUUCACACAGUGACAACCAACAGUGGGGUUCUCAAGAAGGCAAUACAACCUCACCAGCAUCUGAAAUAAGAUCCGAACAUAGAGUGCCUUCGGAUAGCUCACUGCCAAGAGGUAAAAUACAACAUAUAGAUGAUGGCAAGCUAUUGCAUCAAAGCAAAGGAGGAGACUCACCAAAUGUCUUUGCCGGGAACACGGGAGCCCCUUCAGUGCAAGCCAGGAAGGCAAGCCAACAUCAGGAAUGUGAAAACACAGAGGUUCAUAAACAAGUGCAACAGGGUGACAAGCGCCGCCACAUGAUACAGAAAACAGAGGAGACCAUACUUCAUGGGGACAAGAAAAAGAAAGCAUCUCUUAAUGUCUGCCUUACACCAGAUGCAGAAUACAAUCAAGACAUGUCCUCACCAGAUAUGAAUUUCAGACUGAAGGGCGAAAACAUGCAAGAGACCAAUGAAGAUCUUAAAACGGACAAAGAUGAUAUAAAUGACGAAAGUAAAGUCAAGGGCCCUAUCCACAAAGUUAGAGAUGUCAGAAGACUUAUAAAGAAUACAUAUAAUCUGACUUUCAAAGCAACCAGCUGUGUAUCACCCCCAGACAUCACCGAGGACCGGAAUGAACAAUUAAGUGGGACAAACAAGGAGGGAAUUGAAGAGGAAGGAGAAGAAAAGACUGAAGGAAAGAAAGUGGAGUUAGGUCAGGAAAGCACAACUAAGUGCAUAGUGGAGAGGGGUGAAGAAAUAAAAGUGGAGGAGAAAGAUGAACAUUUGUCUAAAUUACCUUCACCACUUAAUCCGAGUGAAGGUAAGCCUCUAUCUCAAGUACAGCCGAUGCAAAUACAAUGUAAGGCAGUAUGCUGGAAAGACAAAAAAAAUCAAAUCAAACACCCUAAAGACCCAGAGAAUCAUGACAUUAAAACAUUGAUCUCUACAAACAGAGAGAAAGGUAAGAACCCCUCACAGGAAGGAUUGCAAGAACCACCAACUUGUGGAGUACCAAAUAAACAGGGCAAACAAGGUUUUAAUAUGCAGACAGAAUCACUGAUGUCAGACAAUGAGGACAAGCCUGUCAUGGUGAGAAGUGACAAAAAAACUCCCAUGUUAGGAAGUCUCCCCAAACUGCCAAGUAAGGAAAGAGAAGUGUCCACUGCUGUUGUGGUGAUAAGAGAUGGAUCUAGCCAAGCAAAGACUUGUGUACCACUGCCUCAGGAAGAGGUUCCCACCCUUCUUCAGGUCUCCUCACCCACUGAGAUGACAACCACUGGAAACACCACAAGCAGUAGUAGUCACUCAAUUUCAAUGUUAUUGAAGGAAAAAGGCUACCAAGCUGACAUCGGGGCAAUGGUGGGUAACAGCCAGAAUAAAACUAGGGGGGAAGAUGUCCCGCAAAAACAUGUGAACUGCUUGGAGGUCCCGCUCCAGACGUCUUCAGAUUGUGUAGCUGAGCUGCAUCAAGAGAAGUCAAUGCCUGCAUCAUCUAAUGUUCCUAGCCCUGCAUUGCUGCCUGAUCAUGUUGACAAGCCCUCAAAAACCAAAGAAGACGAAGGAGGUCCCAUUCAGCCAAAAACAACUAUCCCCCUUGGAAAUCGACAAGACCAACUUUUAUGUCUAAACAAACAAAGGGAACACAAAGACUUUGAAGCAAUUAAAAGACAGGACCCAACCUUCCCCCCAAGAUCACCUGCAAUAAGAAGAUUCAGACCUCAACCAAUUGAGGUGAGGUCCCUUUCUAAAGAGCCACCAAAACAAGGGAUAACCACAAAUAGCGCUGCAAACAGGCCACAAACCAUUAAAGUCAAAUCAAUCGCUAAAAACUCAGAAAAGCCAGCCGUACCUCCCAAACCAAUUUGUAAAUUCAAACCUGCAGAUUUAGGAGCAAAGACAAAUGAAACACUUGCCAUGACAAAUGGAAAACUUCAGAGUGAGGAGAGGCCUCAAACAAUAGUUGUGUCAUCACCCACAAUCUACAGGAAGAUCCCCAGUGAGUCCUCAGCAUCUAAUCAAACGAAAAAACUAUCUGUCUCUGCUGUAUCCAGCCUCAAACCUCCACCAAGCAAAAUAACAACAACGCCGAGUGUCACAAAUCUGGGUGCAUCAUCAUCAUCAAGUAAUGAGGCCUCCAAAGGUCAUCAGCAGAACCCAGGAACUGCCCCUGUGAGAUUAACAUAUGCUACGACCGCACCAUCAGUUCCCGUGCCAAGUAUUCCCUUAACCGAGGAACGAAAUUCUGAUACAGGACCAAAACAGGUGCCUGAAUCUUCUACAGAAGUCAGAACUUCAAGCCAUCCCACUGUUGUUGAGCCAAACCCGCAUGAAACAGCAGUGACAACAUAUUCAAACAAUCCAGAACCACCUGCUGCUAUCUCCACAUCACAAGCCCCCGGACACACACAGCAGCAAUACCGUAGGUCAGUGUCCGGUGAACACACUCAAAGAGCUGCUGACACGCAUUCUUAUGCCUCUGAUGACCCUCCAAGUUAUGAUGAAAGAGAGAGUUUUAGUCCCCUGAUGCCAGAUUUGACCCACAGGAGGCCAAAUCGCUAUCAGAACCCCUCGUUUCCUCCUCCUUGUUCCUGUACAGCUGGCUGCCCUGCUCAGCCAGCUUGCCCCCCGCCUGCACCCCAUCACCACCACAGCCCACACAACGUCACCCCACCGGUGCCUCCACACUCCCCAGGUCAUGCCAUACCCUAUCAAGCACCCCAGCCUCUUCUGCGUCCCCAUCAGCCCUUAAACUUCCAGCCCAGUUCAUCACCCAAGUCAAGUCCUCAAGGUCCAAGCCAACCACCCGCCAUGUACCAGCCUCUUCACCAGCCUCCGGUAUGUCCUCCACACGUGCCCAUUGACCCUCGACGGCUUCCUCACCAUAGAUCCCCCCAGCAGCAGCCACCCAGCAUGCCAGGUGCUCCUUACAGUGAUCCUGGCCACAGCCAUUCCCCUGGCCUCCCUCCCAUGGAUCCUCAAUACAUGUGUGGGCAGUAUGGCUCUGAGUACGGGGGUGACACAUCCAGUUUGUAUUCAGAGAGCAGUUAUGGGCAAACACCUCGACGAGUCCUCCUUGAUCCUGAAACAGGGAAGUAUUUUUAUAUUGAAGUCCCUAUGCAACCCUUGAGGAAGAUGUUGUUUGACCCAGAAACUGGCCAGUAUGUGGAAGUUCUCAUCCCCCAACAGGGCAUGUCUCACUCAGGCAUUUACCCUCCGACAGCAGCCCCAUACACGUCCCUCCACAACCCCAACAUGUAUGGACCAGCGCCACAGUACAUGCCCUAUGCUGCUCCCGUUGCUCAUCCUCAGUCUCAACACCAGCCGCCUCGAUAUCCUGAGGCUUUAUCUGCAGCGUCAAUGCACCCAAAUGCCCCCAGUAGCAACUACAGGAAUUGCUCUGGUCAGGGAUCCAAACCAGAAGGUCCAAACCAUCCACCAAUGGAGCAGAGCUACCUGGAGGGUAUGUAUUACGUUCCGACAGGGAUGAAUGCUAGCUCCAAUCAAACUCCGCCGGUCUACUACCAUAAACAUCCACCCGGCCUUCCCCCAUCAGGGGGCAAAAGGUCCUGAAAUAGCGGACAUGGGCCGUCUUGCUGGAGCCUGUCAAGUUUUAAAUACACACUGUAUAAAGUGGGAGCCUAAUGUUAGCUCGUAAUGUUAUUUGAGUUUUCAUGUUGUAAUUGAAGAGAGCGAUUCAGUAGUUGUUGUUUAUUCAUUGCCUCUAAGUGUCCGCUGAGUUAAAAAAAAAAAAAAAAAAAAACAUUUUUGAGAUAAUGCUUUUUAAAACGGGAGUGUGAAAGGGAGGUCUAUGUUAUAUAUAGGUUAACAGAUCCAUCAUUUUCAUGGUCUUUUUUGAUACAAGACACACUAAAGUCACCUUGCUCUGAGAUAAAAAUAAGCAAGUAACUGUUGUGUGUACUUUGCCAACGAAAAUUCUCCCAUGAAACUUGAAAAUGAGUUACGUUGUUGUCACUGUUGACAACUACAACUGUGUUACUUUGUCUCUAUUUUCUCAAAAUUGAACGACUAAUUUGUGCACAUGAUGUCUAUCACAGAAAUGCCAAUAAAAGAGGUGAGAUAUUUACUU